AUGGAAUUUUCUUAAUUUUAUUUUUUGUCAAAAUGCUUCCUGUUCCAGGAAAUGCAAAGAAAACUACAUACAAUGUCAAAAUUAAAGGUUGGGAACAAAUAAGCGGAGGUGACAAUCCAUUAAUUGAUCUAAGCACAUUCAAACUAAGUAAAUUUAAUAAAACAAAUUGGGCAAUUAAUGGGAUUAUACGUGUUCUUCGUUCUGACAUUUCCAGAGAAAACUAUUUGUUUACGCUACAAGGUGCUAUCAAAUAUGGAAAUGGAUAUCAAGAUUCACCGUUAUUGUCCUUGCACAAAAAGCCUUAUUGUGAUUUAUUUGAAAAUGAUAUAUUUUUAAUUCCGGACAUAUUAGCUCAUCUAAAAAAUACAACCAGACCUCCAUGUCCUUUACCAGUGGGUGAUUAUGAGUUGAUUGAUUAUAUACCGAAUCCAGAUAAAUUUCCACCUAAUAUGCCAGGUAAAAAUUGGAAAUUAACCACAUCGUUUUAUGAUGGAGAGAAAUUUGUUGGAGGACUCCAACCUAUUCCAGGAGAUACAAAGAGAACAUACAAUAUUAAAGUUACAGGAUGGGAGCAAAUACACGCUGCAAAAGAUCCAUUAUUUGAUCUAAGCAAAUUAAAAUUAACGAAAUUUAAUAAAACAAAUCGGGCAUUAAAUGGGAUCAUACGUAUUCUUCGUUCUGACAUUUCCAGAUAUAAUUAUUUGGGUGACUAUGAGUUGGUUGAUUAUAUGGCAGACCCAGAUAAAUUUCCACCAAAUAUGCCUGUUAAAAAUUGGAGAUUAACUACAUCAUUUUAUGAUAGAAAUAUUGGUGGAGUCCAAGUAUUUGUGGAAAUAGAAUCUGUAAUAAAGGAGUGA